AUGAAGAAUUCAGAGGACUCCAGGAGCUUUUAUGACUCGGGUAGCGGCUUCUCAAUGUCGCCACACAGCGCAAUAAUGCAGUUCGAUUUUCGGUCAAGAGAUCGACCACGACCUCCAACACGUGUGAUGAAUGAACCGAUCUCGUAUCGAGGACUCGGAGUAAAGGACAUGAUCCAAUCGCCGUACGACCAGCGCGCGGACGUGAGUAUUUGGCAAGUGGGUCUGGGAGCUGCGAUCGGUCUCAUGACUGGCGUGAUGCUCAUUCACUAUCAAGUGAACGGCGAGUGGGCCGACUGGUUUGCGUUGCCUGGCGUUCUCUUCAUCUCCGCGCUCAAAUGUUUAGUGACUCCGAUGGUUUUCUGCAGCGUCAUCGUGUGUAUAGGAGAGUUGGUGGAGGCUGGCAAGGCUGCGUCCGUUGGAAGCCGAAUUUUUCUGUCCUUUGCCAUGGCCGCCAUUACGUCGUCAAUUCUGGGAACUCUUUUCGCUUUCGCUAUGUCAAAAUUGUAUCCGUCAAGUGCCGUGGUGCCGAUCAAGCCAACGAUCCCGUCGCUGAGUCUUCAGUGUGGCGACGGCAGAUAUCUCUCGUACUCUAAGGGGGCGCUCGCAUGCAGCUCGAAAAAUGGCACGUUGCCCAAUAGUUUGUUUGUACUGGACGAUGUAAGUGGAUAUUUAGUGGAGUCGGACACGGAAUACGAGCAUUUGAACGUGUCGGAGCAGAUUUUUAUCAUUCUGAAAGACCUCGUGCCGAAUAACAUCUUCGAGUCGGUUGCAGGCACGUCCACAUUGAGUGUCAUUGCGUUCGCGGUUGUGAUGGGACUCGCUCUGAUGAAGAGCGUGGACAAAGAUGCGGGAGUGGAGAACUACCCGCUUCUCCUGGUCAUGCAUGCGAACACAGUGAUUCUCCAGCUUGUGAACAUGGUGGUCAAGUACAUUCCUAUCGCCGUCGUCUCGCUCAUCGCUGGGUCAAUAGCUAGUUACAGCUCGUCGGCGGUGUUAGUCCGCGGCGUGGCUUUCUUAGUUGGAACCCUGACUGUGGCGCUGCUCACACUCACUGUCGGAGUGUUCGGGUUGGUCCUCUUCGUGACGACAAGGAGGAAUAUUUUCUCUCAUUUGUGGCAUAUGCUGCCGGCGCAGAUCUUCAUAUUUGGCUGUUCAUCUUCGAUCGCGACGCUGCCCAUAACGAUGCGAUGUGUGGACGCUACGAAGGAAGUAUCGUGCCAGAUCUCGCGCUUCAUGUUGCCACUAGGAGCCACAAGUAAUCUGAACGGCACGGCUGUGUACAUGCCGCUGGCUUGUGUGUUUUUGGCCAAAGUGGGAGGAUAUGACGAGUUGCUGACGCCGCUGCGGUUUGUACUGCUGGCUCUUGUGAGUGCCAUCGCUUCGUUUGGUGUGGCUGGAGUUCCUCACGCUGGCUUAGUCAUGGUGCUCACUGUGUGGCGGACAGUGUUCGGUGUGGACGUCCCAGUCGUCUUCACCAUUUUAGUCAGCAUAGACUGGAUCCUCGACCGACUUCGGUCAAUUGUCAACAUUACCAACGACACGAUCAUCGUACGGAUCAUCGCAGCACAGUGUGACGAGACCACCCUCGAACAGCUGAGUACACAUCGCACACAGCAGAACACACACGGCACGGAGCUGCUGACUCACAUGCCGCUGCCUUGA